AUGCUGUCCAUGUAUCCGCCGCCAGGCAUCUACUUCCGCAACCCUUUUGUCGACUCAUCGACCUCGACAUCUCAGUCCUUCAGCCACUCACAUCACAAGCUCCCUCUCGACAUUCAGUCUCCUGCUGGCUCGGCUCAGGUCACCUUCUCGUCGACGAAGCCUCUCACUCCACCACCGGAUAUGAACAGUGUUGCUGCCCAUGUGCAGCCCCAGCACAGCAGCUACUAUGGACAGACACCGUCUGCCGUCCCUAUCAAGUACGAGCACCGCAAAUACGACCAGCCUACCUACGACCAAAACCAGACCCAGAAUCAAGUGCAACUGCCGAAGCCUGAAGUGAGCGCCGCAAGACCACCCAGUCCAGUCUACCAACCACACCCUGUGCACUUUAUCGACCCUCCGAACUCGAAGCGGGACUCGCAUAUGAGCGCGAUCGCACCCUCACUACAGAUUCCACGAUCAGUGAACAAUAGCCAAGGAAGCAUCGCUGAGCUGGCAGCACAGAUCACAUGCUUAUUCUGGUUCGAGAGCUCGAGCACAUUGGACCGGGCUGACGACCCUGCAACGACGUACAAUGUGCAAUCACUGGUACCCGAGGCAAUCCCUACGACAGGCUUCCGCAAGUGGGUGACUACCAUUCUCUCGACCACCCAAGUCACACAGAACGUCAUCAUCCUCGCCCUCCUGUUUGUUUACCGCCUCAAGACACUUAAUCCGAGUGUCAAAGGAAAGCCUGGUAGCGAGUAUCGUCUGCUCACGGUAGCACUCAUGCUCGGUAACAAGUUUUUGGACGAUAACACAUACACAAACAAGACAUGGGCCGAGGUUUCAGGCAUCUCGGUCGCCGAAGUGCACAUCAUGGAAGUCGAGUUCUUGAGCAACAUGAAAUACGCUCUGUUCACAUCGGCUGAAGAGUGGACUCAGUGGCAGAACAGGCUGGGCCGUUUUGCCAGCUUCUUCGACCGCGCCUCGAGACCCAUGCCUCAACUACCACACACUCUCCCAUCGCCGCCUGUCUCGAAUCACGCCUCGCCUCCAUACUACGGUGCUGGUCCCCCCGUCACUCAAUCGUUCCCUCAGUACCCAUCCUCCCUCGGCCCGCUCCCUGAUCUGGCAUCGCAAAUUUCACGGAAGAGAAGCCUCGAUAGCCACACCGAACCUCCGGCCAAGAGGAUUGCUCCGGCUUAUCCUCCCCCUACCCAAACCCUGUCACAAUACGUUCCGAGACCCACUCUUCCAAGCCUGCCUCUUCCUCAGCCUUCACAGCAUCUGCCACUACACUUGCCUCAGCUACCUCCUCUCAAGUACUCGCAACGCUCCGUGAACAACGUUACUCAGCCUCCUGCCUCGUGGACCGCAGCAACAUCUAUGCCGGCCGCCGUCUCGCACGCUUCCACGCCUCUCGCCAUGGCUUCGGUUCCUCAUUCUGUUGCCCAAUCAAGACACCAGAGUCCCUUCCCCACUUCCGCCGCCGGCUCUCCCACCGACGGUCAGUAUCAACCUGCAGGUCAGGCCCACAUGUCUCAGUUGUCGCCGUCCUACUUCUUGGCCCAGCGUAAUAGUCCUUACCGUCCAGUCCGCGGUGUCUCAACCCUGCUAGUCCCGCCUCCAUCUCGCGCCAUGCAACAGCCCCAGAAUGUUCAGCGCGAGCAGAUGCAUUAUCAGCCUCUUGGACGCCCUCAGGAGCGCCAACAAGGUCGUUUGCCCUAUAUCGAAAGUCAGUGGUUCGAAGGAGACCCUUCGUCUACCAAUCAGUGGUAUUCGCAAGCUCAGCAACAGCAGCAUCUUCCUCCUACCUCCUUCUACAACAGGGCUUAG